UUUUCAGUUUCCACCGUAUAUUUAUUUUAUCAUUUCUAAAUUACAAACCAAAUUACUCCUGUGUAAAGUUUACAUAAUUGUCAAAUGAAUUCUAAUAGUGCUAUUAAAAUAUACAAAGCAAUGACACUACCGUUUAACCGAUUUUUGUACUAUAAAAUGCCUCCAAACAAUAAUGUCAGGGGUUGUGGCAGGCAAUCUGUGCCUUAUAUGCAACUCCACUUGCUUAUCUGUGCGAAAUUCUGUACCAAUUUUUAAUCAGAACUUAGGAUCAGACCUUGAUCUCACAAAACCUCUAGAAGAAAUUCUCAAUAAAAACGUUACACCUGAAACUGUUCAUUCCACAGUGCUCUGUAAAAAAUGUUACAAACUAAUUGACGAAUACGACCAGCUACGAAAGCGCUCCUUAGAAAUAUCAAAAAGUCUUUCAGACAAUUACAACGUCACACUCGAAAAAAGAGAGAAUCAGGAGGUACCGCCGUUAGCCGUUAAAGAGAUCGUUUUACCAUCGGUGGGAUGUCGUCAGGGAGGUAAAGUUCUACAAGCAACCUUAUUAAAAAAGAAUGAACUGCCUAAGAAAAUUUUGGAUAUACCAUCUAGUGAUGAUGAGUCAACUCAUGUUAUGGAUAAACCUUUGCAGACCCUCGAAGAUAUUGAGAUGGACCUUGUUAAAAUUCAAGAAGAGGAGCAAUCAUCUGAGAUGGAUAUGGUAUCUGAAACUGUUUAUUCUUAUGCAGAGCAGUCAGACUCUGAGGAAGCAGAAACCACUGAGACUAUAGCAGAGGGUCAACUUGACAUAGAAAACAUCAAAAUAGAACAGAAAGAGCAUAUCGAGCUUAUCAAUCCAGCAGCUUUAAUGAAGGAUAGAAAACCCAAUUUACUUAAACGAAAACAGCUUCCUGUACCGUAUUCUGACAAUAUUAUUAUUCAGCCUCCUGUCAAUAAGUUUAAAAAGCUUGUUAAUGAGAUCGUUACACCUUUAGUAUCCAGGGAGGAAGAUAUUUACACUUGUUUGAUGUGCACUGGAGAUACGGUGUAUGCUGGUCAAGCUAAACCAAUAAUUACCCAUUUAAAAGAGGCACAUGAUAAACGCUUAUAUAUUUGUGACGUGUGCGGCAUGGAUUUCCCUAAACGUAAUUUACUUUCCGCUCACGUUGAUGAACAUGUGGCAUUGGAAGAAGGAGAUUUCCAAUGUGAAGUAUGCAACAGAAUCUUCACUAGUCUCAGACUCUUUAGGAUACAUAAAAGAAUGCAUUUGCCACAGGUUAAGUCUUGGAUGUGUCUAAAAUGCAAUAAGAGGUACAGCAGUAAGAAUUUGUUGGAGGAGCACAUGAAUACCCAUUUGGGGGUGAGACCGUACGUGUGUGGCGUUUGCGGGAAAGAUUUUGCUAGCAAGUAUACUUUUAAAGCGCACGAGAGGAUACACGAGAGUCGGCCUAGGCCUUUCAAAUGCAACGAAUGCGGAAAAGCCUUUAUGAGCCAACAAAACUUGACGCAGCACGAAAAAACCCAUUCGGGAGUCAAAGAAUAUCAGUGUCACCUUUGUAAUAAGCAAUUUGGAUCUUCUCAUAACCUCGAGGUUCAUUCGGUUGUUCAUACAGGAUAUAGACCUUUUGUUUGUGGACUAUGCGGCAAAUCUUUCGCUAGGAAAGCGGAGAUUCGAGACCACGAGAGAAUUCACACUGGAGAGAGGCCGUUCCAAUGCGAGUUCUGCGGAGCUACCUUUAGUCAAAGGUCAAACUUACAAACACAUAAAAGGACUACUCAUUAUGAUGAUAAACGUUACAAAUGUGAGCAAUGCAACAAAUGCUUUAAACGCCGCAGAUUAUUAGAUUAUCAUAUAAAGGCGGCUCAUACAGGGGAGCGACCUUAUAAAUGCGAUACCUGCGAAGCAACGUUCGUUUAUCCCGAGCAUUUUAAAAAGCAUAGGCGGAUUCAUACCGGGGAGAAGCCCUACGUUUGUGAGGUGUGCGGAAAAAGCUUUAGUUCAAGGGACAACCGAAAUGCCCAUCGUUUCGUUCAUUCCGAUAAAAAGCCUUACGAAUGUCUCGUUUGCGGUGCCGGUUUUAUGAGAAAACCCGUAUUGUAUCAGCAUAUGCAAACUCAAAAUCAUAUGCACGAUACCAUUGUUGUUAAUCAACCUAGACUGACCAUAGACGAGAAAGUCACCAUGGAUUCUGAGAGGCAUAUAGUGAUGAUCGAUGAAGAGGGUGCGGAGUCAAAAAUCUUAAUAGAAGGAGAAGGAAAUGAUGAUCAUAUUAUUAUAAACGGGCGAAAAAUAAGUUUUGCUCAAGACAGCUCAGGUACGGAAGAGACUGAGGAAGUUGUCGAUGAAUUAGGACAAGCUGUUACAAAUGAAAACGAGGAUUUCGAAGAAGUUUUUACCUCAGAAACGAUAGCGGCUAGUGAAACUCAAAUUAUCGAGACAGAAGACGGUCCUGUACAGCUGGUGAAAGUCAAGAUCCCCAAUGAAAAUGGCGAAGAAGAAGAAGCCUGGAUAAAAAUUGGUCCGGAGGAAAGUUUAGAGUAGAACAGUUAUUUAAUUAAUCUAAGAAUACGUCAAUUUUAUAAGAAUAAUCAUGCUUCUUGUCUGGACAAGGUAUUUUAUUUAUAUUAUAUACGAUAGAAAUAAAAUUUAGAAUUUUUUCAUCAA